UCCUCCACCCCUCUAUCUCACCAAUCCAUCAACCAAAUACCCAUUCCUUCACAUUCUCGGGGAACCCAGGAUACAGAACUAGUAUUCUCCCCACGCCCGACCACACCCUCCAUCGAUCUCUCCUCACUACCCUUCGAAACCCUGGCAUCGGCUUUGCUGGACAAUCUUCUAAACAUCCCAGAAGCCAAACUUACCCUCCACCAGCAAGCCAUUCUCGAAGCCCUCCUUUCUUCCCCUGAAACCAAAAGCAAAUGCAAGGAGAGCCCUCGUGGUCGCAAACGUUCCCAUGAGGACCCCGAUGAUUCGGAUCCUCAUGAGGGGGAGAACAAGCGGCCACGACCACUUGAUCAAACUGCUUUACCUAGCCAACCUCCACAGCCCAUUCAACCAGAAACCUCUACCAACCUACAGCCACCACCCGCAGCCAAAAUCUCUAGCAUGGUCGAGCUAGACGUAACAUCCCGAGGCGUAUCUCCUAGAGAUACCAACCGAGGAGGGGAUGGAAGUCCUGAUGAUGCUACCACUGGUACAUCUUUUACAUCAGGCCAUCAGUUAGAACCUAGUUCAAAGCUCAUGACAACGGGAAAUCCUAGUGAACCCGGUGUUUCGAUUAACAGGCCUCCGUCUCCAAAAGGUCAACCUGCCACUACCAUUCUGUCGUCAGAUGAAAUGCAUGAUCAACUAGAAGAUAUCAUUAUUCACGACAAAUGGCCCAGACAGUGGACGGAGAUGGAUCAAACCAUGCAGGAUGAAGAGUGUGAAGAUAUGCAGAGGAACUGGUUCCUACGAGAACUCAUCAACAAAUGUGCUGAAGAUAUAAUCAGGCUCGAGGACGAUGAACGAAAGGAAGGGGAGAACUACAAGGAAUCUCAGAAAACACUUGAAUCUGUCGUCAGACAAUCAGCGGGAAGACUUCCCAAGACAGAGAAACCUUGGGACAACGUUCGAAUCAAAGCCCCCUUCCAAGAGGAAAUCAGAGAGCGUAUUUGGCGUAGACCAGACAAAGUCAAACCAUUGAAUGAACUGAAGCUAUGAGGCCUUACCCAUCUCAAAGGAAAGCAGGCUGGAGGUCAUCUACAUAUGCUAUUGCAAAGGUCAACCGGUACUCAAAGAGAGCUGAUGGAACAAGACUUGAAGUCCAAUAUUCUCCCUAUUCAUCAAAUCCUGCAGGUUAAGGCCGAGGAUUAUCACGGAGUGACAUUCUAUUCUUAAAGGCUUCAACGCACUGACGGGAGUGAAUUUACUUGCCAAGAAAAUGAUUUCAUCAUGCUUAAACCAGACGACAUUUAUCAAAUGUUCAUGGCUUAUCGAUACCUUCCAGUCAGGCAAAGCAAAACAUACAGCGAAAGUCUUGUAGCAAUCAAAAGAUUCAUGCUGAGACAAAUCAGAGUGCACUCAUCUCACGACCUACAGAUGGCUAUUGAGUGCAACUUGACAAAAACAAAUCUUACAAAGCCAAGACUGUAUGGUCCAGAACUCGAAGACUUCCCAGCUUACCACAUCUUCUUCACACCGCUAGCAGUCACAUAUCUCAACCACAAGAACGAAAAACGCCUGAUGGUGGUUAAUGAAAUUGAGAAAUAUUGUGAUGGAACGCUGAAGAUAAUCAAAGAACAGCUUCUAAAGAUGAAGGCACAGCUAGAGCAAAAUCUUCAGGAGGCAUCGUCAUACGUUCAAAAGGAACACUCUACAAUGGAGACCAUUUUAAAAGCCAUCGACGAUCGCCUAGAAAAGAGAAACAUGCUAAGGCAAUACGAGCAUGCACUGAAUAUGAGGAAGCACUACUUCAAAUCACAGAAGCAAUAACUAAGUGGCACUUGAUCACAAAGGGGGAGAUUGUUGAAGAUCAUUUAAUUGUGAAUCAAGUUUGUCAUCUAUUUUGUAAUAGACUAGCUUUAUUUUUAUUCCUUGUAUUAAAUAGGUGCAUUGAUUAGAUAGAAUAUGGGCCAAGUGUUAGGCCCAUACAAACAGGCUAAAAGCCUUUCUCGCCUACCUGAACCUCGCCUAUAAAAAGGGAGCCGAGGGUUCAGGAUUAGGUUAACUUUCGUACUUGUUCAUUAUAGCCUUACGCAAAUCUUUCUGUGUACGAGUUCACGGUCUAUCAAAGAGGGUUUUACAUCGAU